AGUGAUUCCUCUGCGUACCACUAGAGAGAGCCGCGUACCACACUUUGAGAAUCAGUGCCCUCAAUUCGAGCACUGUUUAGACAGUACGCUCAGUUUUGGACAUGGGAUGGUCAUUGCAAAUAGCCUACUGUAAAUGCAAAUCGGCUGAGGAUGGAUUUAAUUUUUACUGUACUGUAGGUUAAUCAUAGCUGCGGGAAUGUUGCAUUUAGCCAGGAUUUAUAUUAUGAGUGUGCACAGUCUUCGACGCUUAGUAGUCUAACAUGUUGAUAAAUAACUAACUCUUAAGGUUUGUGCCGGUGUGCUCGGCCAUCCACCUAUUUUUAUAUAAUAGGCCUGCUGCCUAACAUAAAUAAUGUAGCCUAGUUGAGUUGCAGCGCAAGGAUGUGUGCCCAAAAGCAUUUGAUUGUAGCUUCAACAGGACGGGUUUACAUGUGGGGGGUAUAAUUUUCACAACCUUAACUGCUAUUCAAUUUCAAAUUGAAAAACAAACUAUCAAAACGUACACGGACCGAUAAAGCCUGUGGUAUUAUUCGUUUCGCCUGUCUUUACGUCUUGUACGUGGUCAAGCGUUGAAGCCCUUACCAUCAACCAAAGACUAGAGACUUUGCAUCAACCAUGAACUCGUACGGACCAUAGACUGUAAAAAAGGUAACGUUACGGACGCGUUCAACUCGUCUCGCAUUCAAUACAACUGAUUUGUAGUAGUUCACCUGACCUGCAGAGGACAACACGAAGUCUGGUUAUCUUUAAACUUUUUAAAACUCGAUUUGUACAAACGCGGAUUCUUCCCGACCGUCUCGCAGUACCACUUUUGUUGCUUUCACCGUCACCUUCUGUUGCUUUUAUUAGCGUUUUCCAGCGUGUUCCUCUUGGACUGGUUUGCAUUGAGUACAGAUGCUGUUAGAAGCGCAUGCGCAGUCGACGAGAUCAAAUGCUUGCACGCGAUGAGAUCGAGAUUGGCAAAAUUACCCGGAAAUAUAAACACUGAGGAUUUAUGGCACAUUUUAAAAUGUUUUUAUGGGCGGUAACGAGUGUUGAAAGUCACCAUGAAAUCAAAAUCGACAACUCUUAUUCAUAUGUAUUAAUGCUGCACAGUUAACGAGAGGGGCUACUGCAGUUAACAGCAACUAAAAAGCAAAGGUGAAGUGUACACUGGCAGUGGACAACACAUGAGGAGCACAAUACAUUAACCACAACCAUCCUCUUUCACUGCCUCCCUCUCUCAAACUGCCAGUACAGUAGUAAUAAAGCAGGAUCACUGUUUUUAAAUUCCCCUCCCUAUCUCAUUAUUUCCCUCUGACCCUCCUCAUUGCCUCCUGAAGGUGAAGAGGCAGUCUACAGAAAGAAUCUCUUUUUGAACCCAGGCAUGAUGUGAUGUGGGUCUAUGUGGAUAAGAGCAGAGGGAUUAUACAGAUGUUGCGAGUAAAUUCAGAGCUCAGGAUUACCUCUGAACGGAGAGUAGGAGAGUAGGAGUAAACAUCGUCACAGUGCCAUGCUUCAGGGUGCAACAGCAGUGUUUACUCGGCUGGUAUGAACGGGCGUCGUGGCCCAGGGGUGUGUGGCUGUGCACGCUUCUGUCAGAAAGUUUUGGCCAGGUGUGAGUGCUGCUUCAGACAGCAAGAGUCAUACACAUUGACAGGGCUCAGCGAUGUCUCCUUGCCUCCUGAUACACCUUCAACCUCCAUCUCCAUUGAUGACCUUUCUCCAGUCUCACCCAGCAACCAUCAGCCUCUUUCCACUAGACAACCAUCUACCACACCCCAACGCUCCAUCAAAGCCCUCAAGAGAUGGUUGAGCAGCCCAGUUCGAAGGUUUAGUCUGGGCGGAGGUGGCAAAAGUCAGAGCUCAAAGGCCAUUCAGAGCCCAGAAGGGUCAUCCUAUAUGUUUCUCCCUCUCUCACCUGCUCAAAGCCCAUUGAGCCCAACGGAGAAGUCCAACAAACUGCCCCAUUCCUACAGAUCUCUGGACUGUGCUGAACUUUCAAGGCCAACAUCUCCUGACAGUCCCUAUUACCCAAGAUACCUAAAUGAUCUCUUGCAGAGGCAUCAGUCUUGCGAUGUGCAUUCUGGGGAGAGAGAUCUCGACUUGACUGACGAGACACUGGUACAAUCGCAGAGUCUAGAGGAUGAUGAGCAGGAGAGAAAAACUGCCUUAGAGAAAAGCAUAUAUGUGCUGACAGAGCUGGUAGAGACAGAGAAGCUGUAUGUGGAGGAUCUGGGGCUUGUGGUGGAGGGUUAUAUGGCUACAAUGAAUAGUGUCGGGGUGCCUGAGUAUUUGGCGGGAAAGGAUAAAAUUGUGUUUGGGAACAUUCAUCAGAUCUAUGACUGGCACAAAGACUAUUUUCUUGGAGAGUUGGAGAAAUGUGUGUGUGAACCUGACCUGCUGGCACAACUGUUUAUCAAACAUGAGAGGCGGCUCAACAUGUAUGUGAUUUAUUGUCAGAACAAGCCAAAGUCAGAGCACAUUGUCUCAGAGUACAUUGAAACCUAUUUUGAGGAACUGAGGCAACAGCUGGGUCACAGACUGCAGUUAAAUGACCUGCUCAUCAAACCUGUUCAGAGAAUCAUGAAAUAUCAGCUGCUGCUAAAGGACUUCUUGAAGUACUACACUAAAGCAGGCAGACAAACAGAAGAUCUUGAGAGGGCAGUGGAGGUGAUGUGUUUUGUUCCAAAGCGAUGUAAUGACAUGAUGAAUGUUGGAAGACUACAAGGUUUUGAGGGUCAGCUGAGAGCACAAGGGAAACUCUUGCAACAGGACACCUUCACAUUCAUUGAGAAUGAGAACAGCAUCCUCUCCCGUCCCAGAGAGAGACGGGUGUUCCUCUUCGAGCAACUUGUCAUCCUCAGUGAGCCAAUCGACCACAAGAAAGGCUUUUCCCUGCCAGGAUACAUCUAUAAAAACAGCAUCAAGACUAGUUGUUUGGGCAUUGAGGAUCGUUGCCCAGAUGAUCCAUGUAGGAUGGUGUUGACAUCUCGUAAUAUCGAUGGAAGCAUGCACCGUUUCAUUCUUCGUGCAUCAUCUCCAGAAAUCAUAAUGACCUGGGGAAAUGACAUUAUACAGAUGCUGGAGACACAGCGCAACUUCUUAAACGCCCUGCAGUCUCCUAUUGAAUUCCAGAGAAAAGAAAUUAAAUCUCUCAGCCUGGGAAAGAGCUUGACAACUUCACCCUCACUGAACUCUGGCCUGCAACCCUACAGCUCUGCCUCCAUAGACCGCCAGGGUUUGCCCUGUCUGCGCUCCUGGAAUUCUUCACAACCUUCUACGCCUCAUUGAAAGGCAUUUUCUCAUCUUCGUCUGCCAUCAACUCAUAAAUUGCCUGUCUGUUACCCUUUAGGAGAACAUUAUACGGAGAUAAAGGAAGACUUAGUCCAUUUUCGAAUUAAUUAUGUCCGAUAAAAAAGACUGAAUUGAUUUAAUCAUUCAUUAGAACCUAAUUAUUCUUCUGCCUGCCAUUUCAAUAUGAUAAUGCACACAAAUUGAAAAUCUAUUAGAACCUUCAAAAUUUGACAAUGGUAACAAUUACAGUAUUUUAAACCUACAAGGUCACAUUUUUUGCUACCAUAACAAAUUGAAGGUAUUGGACUGUAUAAGCUAAACUGCAUGGCACUGACAGGGUAUAAUUCAUAAAAUAUUAAAUAUGAUCAUAAAGGUUAUAUUUGUAGCUACUGCUAAUUCUAUAUUACUGAAAUUGUGAAUGAGGAGGUGAUAUAUAAAUAAUGUGACACAAAGCAUGAUUUUAGGCAGUUGCCAUGUCAGGUACUGUAAAUAUCAGGUGUGUACUUGAUCCUUUUUGUAAAAAAAGACAGAAUAUCAGCCUAUAUCCAAUGUGUUCGCUUUUUCUUAUUUCAAUUUGGACAUUUUCAUUAGCAGUGUAUAUUCACUGAAUGACUCUGAGU